AUGAUCCUUGGCACCAAGAUCAUCUCCGACCGGCCUCUGCUCUGCAAACGGCUCAGCAAGGUGGCUGACAUAUCCGAGACCGAGAUCGACCAUCUCAAGUGCCACGUCCUCCACACACUCAACUUCAGGCUCUGCUGGACGACCCCUGAGCUCUCCCUGCACACCCAGACCAUCCUCACGCCCACUCCGCCACCUGCACUUUCCCCAUGCUCCUCCUCUUCUUCCACACACAACAACACUUGA